CAGAAACAAGGUUGGACAAGUUGCAUUUCCGAUUUCGCCGGUUGCCUCCACAAUGCUCAUGGAGUCACACGCCGCGAUGUACUACCCCAACAGCCCAUAUUACUACCACAAUAGUACGACGAUGGCACCGCCGCCGCCGCGCAAGUCGCCGUACGAGCUCAAGUGCAAGUACGCCUUCAAGAACUGCACCAACGUUCGUAGCCAAAAGCGCACGGGCGGGCUCCACACGCUCUGCGAAUUCCACCGGCAAAAGGCCAACGAAAUUCAAAAGGCAUAUGCACAAAAGAAGCGACUCAACCCCAAGCCGCCGUCGCCGUCGCAGCCGACAAGCGUCGAGCCCAUCCCGUUCAGCGACGGGCGCACCGACGAGGCGGCUAUCGCGUUUGAAGACUGCUUGGACCUGAUACGCCUCCUCCGAUAGCCGAUUCGAGUGGCGCGGCAGCUACUUAUAUACUACUGUACUACAUCCUUUUUCCAUGUCAUGCACUACUAGUAGUUAAUUAGUUUAGCGCGAAAUGCGAUAUCGUGCUCGCAAC